AGGUGUUCUCGCGAGAUUUAGUAGAACGAGAGGACGCAUGGCGCUGCGCAUGCUGUGAAUAAAGGACAAACAACCAGUCAUUCUCAUACUUGCAGACUUUUUGAAAAGAUUUCAUUGUCAAACUACAAGUUAUGGAGGACCCUUCAAAAUUUGAGCGAUAUGUGUACAAAAAUGCUUCGGUUUACCAUUAUAUGAAGAUAUCUCUAGUUUUGGAAGAUGGAAACAAAUAUAUUACUGAUGCACAGUUCAAACAAUUGAUCAUCUGUGGACUUAAAGACCUGUACGGAGAGGUUGGAGCUUCUUUUCCAUUUGAUUUGCUUAAGUAUGAUCAGAACAAACUGACCGGGAUACUGAGAGUGUACAACAGCGGGCUAGUGAAAUUGUGGAGUGCAUUAACGUUACUGGGAUCAUAUCAGAAUGAGGCUUGUGCAUUCAGAGUCCUGCAGGUGUCGCCGUUUUUACUAGCAUUGUCUGGGAAUAGCCGUGAGCUGCAGUUUGGAGACCAAUUGACACUGUGAGGUGGGCCUACAAAAAAAUACCUUGGAAAAAAUGAAAUUUUUUCUCAGAAGAAUUAUAUUCAGCAG